AUGCCGAAAUUCUUUAUGGCGUUUCUCGUAUUCUACGUCGCUGGAUUAUCCGCGCUGAACAGCGUCAAUGCAGACUGUACACCCGGACCGGAUUGUUCUGAUUGUUCGUGUAAUGCUUCUCUUACCUGCUGCGAGGGAUACUUCUGCGCCGAAUCAUCUUCCGGGUCUGGAGUUUGUAGAAAAACACAAGACCUUCCCUAUGUAAAUCCAUCACUCAUUGGAGGU